AUGAAGGAGAUUCUAGGAAUCUGUGUAAUCCUGUUGGCCUUAGUCUUAUGUAUCCAUGCAGCCUCGCGUCCACAUAUAGUAUUUGUGGUGUCAGACGAUUUAGGUUGGAAUGACGUUGGUUGGCACAAUCAACACAUAGGUAGCUACUAUUUGUCCAAAUUUGCACACGAGGGCGUCAUAUUAGACAAUUCUUAUAUGCAGCCAGUCUGCUCACCAUCAAGAGGGAGUGUUCUGAGUGGAUAUUAUCCCUUCCAUACUGGAUUACAGCACGGUAUAAUUAUGGAUUCACAGCCCAAGUUUUUGCCUUCCAACUUCACUCUACUUCCGGAAAAGCUGCAGGAGCUUGGAUAUGCAACACACAUGGUUGGGAAAUGGCAUUUGGGAUUCUGUAACUGGAAGUACACACCAAACCACAGAGGAUUCGACAGUUUUAUGGGAUACUAUAGUGGCGCUGAGGAUUAUUACACCCACCAAGCAGGGCGAGCUUACGACUUCCGUCUGAACGACGAGAUCCAUCACCCACCAACCGGAGAAUAUUCAACAGAGACGUACACAAAACGGGUAAUGGACAUAAUACACCAUCAUGAUCCUCAACACCAGCCUCUCUUCCUGUAUGUUGCCUAUCAAAGCGUCCAUUCACCCUUACAGGUUCCACAACACUACUCGGACCUACACCCGCAUAUUCCGAAUGAAAACCGACGAACGUUUACAGGCAUGGUCAAUGCAAUGGAUGAAUCAUUUGGCAAUAUCACGAAUGCCCUGAAAACAGGAGGAUAUUGGGACAACCUGCUGAUCAUCUUCACCUCAGACAAUGGAGGCUCAGUAACAGAUGGCGGUAAUAACUGGCCCCUUCGUGGCAAUAAAGGAACUCUAUGGGAGGGAGGCACUCGAGUACCGGGAUUCGUAUAUAGUCCUUCUCUCCUUUCUAAGACUGGCUAUACCAUCUCCGAGAUGAUCCAUGCCGUUGACUGGUUCCCGACUAUGCUAAAGGCUGCAGGCGGCAUUACCGAUCCCCACAUGGAUGGUGUUAGUCAAUGGGAAAUGCUGCAGAACGGAACGAGUUCGGCCAGAACCGAGUUCGUCUACAAUAUUGAUGACAUCAAAGGCAAUGCAGCCAUCAGGGUUGGUGAUUACAAACUUAUCACCGGAGAUGCCGGCAGGAAAGACGAUUGGUACACACCAAACCACGCGCAUUUGCAUCAUCACAGUACAACAACCUCCACGUCGCCUCAGCUUUUUAACUUGAGAAAUGAUCCCACCGAGCACCACGAUAUCUCCAGUCAACACCCUAACAUCGUCAGUAACCUUCAGGACAAAUUAGCCAACUACAGGAAAACACAGAUGUCAGCACAAAAUCCGGAUCAGGUCCAACAUGCUCUACAAGACUACAAUGGCGUCUGGACCCCGGGAUGGUGUUGAAUGUUUCACAAUAAAUGUGUAUUGAGA